AGUUCGCUGCCACCUUCUUUGGCAAAUAAUUUUCUAUACAUAUUUAUGUUUUGCCCGACCGAACUUAACUACUUUUUUACUUGUUUUACUACAGUUGGCCUUGAGGUGGCCAAACUGUGUAUUAACUCUGAAUAUUCUGUCUUGAAUUCUUUUACACCUAUAGUAAUAAAGUUUCAAUAGUUACACAAACAUUCCCCCACAUAUUGGUAUAUUACUUAGCAACGGUUUGUUUGACAUUGUGUGAACUUAUUUGGAACAUCGACGUUUUGAAAUGAAAAGAAAAAGAGAUUACACCUCGAAAGCGAAAAUUCAAAUUGAUCCCCAUAAACACGAUGAUCAAAUCAGAGAGUUGGAAGCUAAGCAUUACGAAACUGAUGAAGUGGUCACUGUAGAAGGACAAGCCGUAGAAACGGAGGGCUCCUCAGAGGAGGAAAUGGAUAUUGUAAGUUCAGACACCCACAGCGAUAUAGGCCGAAUUGAUAUAUCAUUUCCUGAAGCAUUUUCCGACCACUGCCAUUCUCGACUGUGUUAUCCCUUGUCUUAUUACAUUUUGUCGCCGAAAGAGCGAUUAUUGCUUUUGUACGCGGAGAAUUUUCGGCAUCAAUUUUUUACAUCUAAUUUAAAAACUCGACCUUUGGUUCUCGCUUUGCCCAAUGAGUGUAAUAUCCAGAAAUUCGUUUGUACGACUCUUCGUCCCACUUCAUUUCUGUAUAAAUCGCUAAGAAAUGCGGCAGGAAUUGCAAGCUUUGUGGCUGACUAUGUUAUAUAUGAACCUUUCGACGAUAACAUAAGAUUUCCGAAUCGAUUAAUAUCACCAGCAACAUUGCUAUGCAAACGUCGGGGCAAUAGCUUUGAAAUGGCUACCUUGCUAUGCAGUAUGCUUAUCGGAGCUGGUUUCAACGCUUUGGUCGUUUCGGGAAUAGCGCGGACGGAUGUCGUUGAAAAUGAUCAACGUCGUGUACCAUUUCCCGGCGACAUUUACAAAUUUGAGAACGACGAACAUGUGCAAGACAAACCUUUGAGCGAAACCCAAUUUUGUCUUGGUGGAAUGCCUGAUUUACAGAGUCAUCUGGAAACGAAUAUAGCUGAAAUUGUCAAAGAGAAGGAGAAUGAAAAACAACGCCAGGAAGCAUUAAAGCGUGAAGAGGAGGAACUGAAACAACGUGACGCAGACAGAUUUCUCUACCGUAAACCACAUGCAUGGGUGGCCCUGUUUAGGAGUGGGGCAAAGGAUCAAUCGAUUGAACAGAAUGAUGUCGAAGAUGGUACGGACCGUACUAUUGAGGUGGACUUUGUUGAGCCCUCUACUGGCUUCUUUCUAAGUAGCAGUUGCAUGGAUUACACACUGAUUAAUAGUGCAUGGAAUCAGAAGCAAUACUAUGUGAACAAACAGGUAUACGUUCGAGUGGGAGAAAUACGUUGGAACUUACAAAAUACGGACGAUUGGGAGCACCUUCUUCCGGGAGAAAAUGAAGCGGGAACAUCAAUCGACAAUGCAUCGGAAAUUAUGAAUGAAAAAUAUUUGAACACCAUUCCAUCGUGGGUAUCCAAGCUACAUCUCAACGAAAAAGAAUACGAGGAACGAUUUCCAAAUCUCCAGAAAACAGUGUUCUACAAAAGGGUGAAACAUCUGAGGUUCUCGCCAUACUUCAACAAAGAUGGGAAGAUGAUGCAAUUGACUCUCUUUGCAGAUGAUGAAUACACCGUUCCGAUUUUCGAUUGCAUUCAUUUUGAAAAUCGUGCGGAUAUGCUGCUGCGGAUUGAAAAGAAUUAUAAAAUGUUAAGUAUAAAGGAAAUCUUUGGGAAGAGCCGUAAAGAUAAUUUAUUAAAAAUUGUGCGGAGUAUGGACCCAAAUAGACCAAAGGAAUUAUACUUUUCGGCGAAUGUUCGACGAGAUUCGAUGGAAUAUCUAAGAGUUGAAACGGGUCGGAUUAUUGUAAAAAGUAAAGAUCGAAGGGAUAUGUGUUUCUACCAGGAAUUCGAAUUUAAGAUGGGAGGAGACGAGCUAAAGAAAAUUACGCAGAGGUUCAAACGUAACUAUUCUAUACCGUCAUGGAAGGAUAUUGCAGAGCGCACGUUCCAGUUGAUGCAGCAACGAAUACAUCUGAAAUUUCAUUACUCUCCAGGUGCUUUGACAGCGUCAACAUGUGAAAUAAGCAAGCCACCUAAACCAGAUUAUGGCCAAGAAAUCAUCUAUGACAAGGCAUUGACAAGGACAUUUAAGGCAAAUAAUGAAGUGCCAGAACCCUUACAACUGGAAAUGUAUCGCCUUAUUAUGGAUCAGCUGCAAAGUGAAGACAUGGCCAAAAAGAGUUUUAAGAAGCUAUCGGAUGAAAUAAUCGCAAUUUUGGAUAACCGUCGUAAUGAAAUGGAACAUCCAAUACUACAAUUUCGACUAUUUGAUUCAAUGCGAAACGGUGCUGCUAGAUCCAAAUGUUUGAAAGAGGUUUUGGAGGAAGGAAACGAACAGGAUCAUUCUCAGCAUAAAAAUGACAUCUGUUGAAUAAAAUCAAAUUGGGAAAACAUUGGCUGGUAUUAUGUGGCACUUCAUAGUGUAUUUCACACAGUUUAUUUUUGCAAUAUAUAUUAUAUCUAAUAAA